UUUACUUUCGCUUUCUUGCGGGCGGCCCCAGACCCCGGCCGCGGAGGGACCGAGACGGACGCCAGCCCCGCCGCCCCGCCGCUGCGGACACGAUGGCAGAUGAUCAAGACUGUGGUAUGGAGCAGGCAGCUGGGGACUCAGAAAGCCCAGAUGCAGUUGAUGCGAGGCCAGACCGGUCCUCCUUUGUCCCAUCACUCUUCAGUAGGAAAAAGAAAAAUGACUCCGGGAGAUCAAUCAAGACUGCCCAGGACCAAGUGCCUACAUACCAGUAUAACAUGAAUUUUGAGAAGGUGGGCAAAUGCAUCAUCAUAAACAACAAGAACUUCGACAAAACGACAGGGAUGGGCGUCCGAAAUGGAACGGACAAAGAUGCCGAGGCUCUUUUCAAGUGCUUCAGAAACCUGGGUUUUGAUGUGGUCAUCUAUAAUGACUGUUCUUGUGCCAAGAUGCAAGAUCUGCUAAAGAAAGCCUCUGAAGAGGACCACAGAAAUUCUGCUUGCUUCGCCUGCAUCUUACUAAGCCACGGAGAAGAAAAUCUAAUUUAUGGAACAGAUGGCAUGACAGCAAUAAAGGACUUGACCGCCCAUUUUAGGGGGGAUAGAUGCAGAACCCUUCUAGAGAAACCCAAACUCUUCUUCAUUCAGGCUUGCCGGGGGACCGAGCUCGAUGAUGGGGUCCAGGCCGACUCGGGGCCCAUCAAUGAUACAGAUGCCAAUCCUCGAUAUAAGAUCCCCGUUGAAGCCGACUUUCUCUUCGCGUAUUCUACAGUUCCAGGCUAUUACUCGUGGAGGAGCCCAGGAAGUGGGUCCUGGUUUGUGCAGGCCCUGUGCUCCACCCUGAAUGAGCACGGCAAGAGCCUGGAGAUCUUGCAUAUCCUCACCAGGGUGAACAACAGGGUGGCCAGGCACUUCGAGUCCCAGUCGGAUGACCCCCACUUCCACGAGAAGAAGCAGAUCCCAUGUGUGGUCUCCAUGCUUACCAAGGAACUCUACUUCUGAAAAGAUAACCAUUUCAGGGAUGCAUUCUUGCUGAAAAACCAUGGAUCAUUUGUUCAUGAGUCUUUUUUUUUUUUUUUUUUUUUUUGAUGCUUUUGAAAUACCUAGAAAUUCUAAAGGUUUUUAAUUCAGGAACAUUUAUUGAUUCAAAAGGAAAGAAACUUUCUGGUGCUGUCUUAUGUUCGUAUGUUUUCAGAGACUCUCUCUUUUUUUUUUUUUUUACAAUGUAUCCAUUUGAUGGCUUUGUAAUUUCUUCUUAAGACUAAUUUUUUGUUUGUAUUUAUCUGCUUAUUGUUCCAUGUAGCACAUACAACAGAAACAACCUCCGCAGACUCUUGGCUGUGUCCACCAUGAUUGGUGGUGACACGGUAGAUGGGGUCUACUUGGCAAAGAGCAUUGCAGGGCUGAAAAAAAAAAAACAGCAUCUGUUCACCAGUGUUGCAGAAAGUGGGUAUUGAGUGUGAUUUGAGUGAUUUUUCAUUGGCUUAGGACAGAUUCUCAUGCAAAAUUUUCCAGACAAAGGGAAAAAAAUGUUAAUGAUUCUAAUAUGUAUCAAACAGGAAACAGAAACCAUUCUAGGUGUUUCAGUAGAGGAAAUUUAAUAGAGGAAAUUGACCACAGAGAUGAUAAAAGAAACCCCAAAUAAAAGGAAUCUGUUACCACUUAAGGCUAUGAAAAGGUGUGGUCCCCUUAGUCUAGAAGCUGGGGUAGCCCACAGGAAGUGGCAGCAUGGUGGGGGCUGCCUGGUAAGAGCCGGGACCACCAAGGGAUUGUGGGAAUUGGAGCCAUGGCAGAGACAAAGCCCCUCAACUGGGCAAGACCAGUUGAGUCAGAUGUAAAGAAAUACCGUGGCUUCAUCUCUCCUGCCCUCGACUCUUCCUCCACCACCUUACCUGGAAGCCAGCUGACAAGCGCCUUGGAAGCAUGAUUUCCUGCAAAUACAGAGCACAGCAAAGCCAAGUGAGGUGAGGCAGGAGCAAGGAGUGGGUUUCAGAAUGGUCCAUAAUGUGAAUAUAAGUAAACCUAGUCCCUGAGGUUCAGCAAUUCCUCCCUUCAAUCAUUUAUUCAUUGAAUUGUCCGAUAAUCUCCGUAUUGACCACUAUGUGCAAAAUAAUUUUUUUUUUAGCUUUGAAAUCUACCUGGAAUUUUUUAGAUUAUUCCAAGCCUUAUUCUGAGUAAAUUUUUUGUUACCCCUAAUUCUCUAUGGGGAAAAAGUUUAUGGCAAAGAUUUUUCCACUUUGUUUUCAAGGUUACCUUUUGAAUUCUUGAUAAGUUACGAUUUUAUUCUGGCCUAAUAACUGGUUAACACACAGAUGUUCAUAUUUAUUGAUUAAAAAGUGGUUGCUUAAUUCCUAA